CGGGCCGCGUCCCGGGCUGCGGCCAUGGCGGCCACGGAGGCGCCGCCGGGCCGCCGCGUCUUCCUCAACCACCUCGACUCUUACUGCGGCCGCAGCAUCGGCCAGUAUAUAUCCAGCUGUGUUGUUGGUGCGACCCUUGGAAGCCCAGAAGAAGAGGAAGAAGAUGAAAAUGGUUCAGAUGUUGAGGUUCCCACUACCUCAAAUGAGGAAAUCUAUGAAAUAGUGGGUACUCUUUCUAAACCAGGGAGUACUAAUCCACGUUUUGCAAAGGAAACUUAUGUAGUCUCUUCUCGAGAAGCACUCUUAAGUCACUUGCUUGAGUGUGAAAUUGUUGUAUAUAAUAUCACCGAGGAUGUACACCAAAUUGAGGAAGCAAUGUGGGCUGCUUCUGCCCUACAUAAGAAAAUAGAGACUUUUGCAAAACAAAAGUUAUUCAUCCUCGUUUCAACAAUAAUGACCUGGGGAAAUACCAAACCCCCUGACCCUGAAAAUCCUGAGACUCCUUUAAAUGAUGAAGAUUUUCGCAAAAGAAAAUCUCAUCCUAGCUUUAUGGAUUACAUAAAUGCUGAAAAACACAUUGCGAAACUUGGGAAAACUAACAAAGAAAAGUUUUCAACUUAUGUUGUUGCCUCAGGACAUCAAUAUGGAGCUGAGGAAGGACUCUUUCACUACUUUUUUAAGAUGUGUUGGCUUGGUGAGACUCCUGCAAUACCUGUGUUUGGAGAUGGAAACAAUAUUAUUCCAACCAUUCAUAUUUGUGAUUUAGCAGCAGUGUUGCAAAAUGUAGCAGACCACAGGCCAGAGUUUCAGUAUAUACUUGCAGUAGAUACAUCAAUGCACACGCUUGAAGAAUUAGUAAAGUGUAUCAGUAAAAAUGUUGGACCAGGAAAAAUUGAGAAGGUUCCUAAAGAAAAUGCAUUCCUGAGCAAAGAGCUAACACAAAUGCAAUUGGAUAUGUUGUUUGUGAACCUGCGAAUGGAACCUACUUAUCUGAAAGAGAAUUUCAACAUUAUGUGGGUUGCUGAGGCAGGACUAGUAGAGAACAUUGCGCAAGUUGUCAUGGAAUACAAGCAAACUCGAGGAUUACUGCCUCUCAAAGUUUGCAUUCAUGGUCCUCCCGGGUCUGGCAAAUCUACCAUUGCUGAGGAGCUCUGCAAACACUACAAGUUACAUUAUGUUAGGAUAAAUGAAGUGAUUUCUGAAAAAAUUGCAGAUCUGGAGAAAAUUGUGGCUAAAGAACCUGACGAUGUGAGAGAAGACGGAGAAGGAGAAGAUGAUGUAGAGGAGGAGGAUGAAAAUAUAGAAGAAGCAAAGGAGUUAUUAGAUGGAAUAAAAGAAAACAUGAAGCAGAAUAAAGGUCGUCUAGGUGAUGAGUAUCUUAUUAAAGUUAUGACAGAUAAGCUCAUGUCUAUGCCAUGUAGGAAUCAGGGAUAUGUGUUAGAUGGGUUCCCAGAGACCUAUGCACAGGCAAUGGAACUUUUUAAAGUGGAAGAUGAUGAAGAAGAAGAAGAAGAAACAAAAGGCAAAAUGCCUAAAUUUAAAAAAAUAAUCAUACCUGAAUUUAUUUUUUCUUUGACUGCAUCUGAUGAAUUCCUUAUAAACAGAAUAAUAAAUCUGCCAGAGAGCGUCGUUGCUGGAACUCGUUAUACUGAGGACCAGUUCCUGCAAAGUCUGAAACUCUUCCGCAAAUUAAAUACCGAUGAUACAACAGUUCUCAACUAUUUUGAUGAACUUGAAAUACAUCCUCAGUUUAUUGAUGUAGCUGUAUAUGAAGAUUCUGAGAACAGACUUACUGUAACAAAGAUCAUCCAAGAAAUUGGAGAACCUCGGAAUUAUGGUUUGACAGAUGAAGAAAAGGAGGUUUUGGAGCGCCAAGCAGCUGAGGAACGCCUUGUCAAAGAAGCUCAAGAAAAAGCUGAACAAGAGCGUAAAGAAGCUGAGGAAAGGGCUGAAAGAAUGGCAAGAUGGGAAGAGUGGAAUAAACAGCUGGAGGAAGUGAAAAGACAAGAACAAGAGUUAGUAGAGGCCCAGUCUAUUCCACUACGAAACUAUUUAAUGAAGAAUGUCAUGCCAACACUUAUGCAAGGGAUAAAUGAAUGCUGUAGGAUCAGGCCAGAUGAUCCAGUCAAUUUUCUGGCAGAAUAUCUCUUCAAGAACAGUCCUGAUAUCAACUGGAAUAAACGUUAAAUCCUAGCAGCAAUAGGAAUUGUGAAACCAAAAGGGAGAAAAUUCCUAAUAUACUUUAGAUAAAAAUACUUAGUUUCUGAUGUAAUUUUUGUUUAAGCUUAUUAUGUAAUCUUCAUUUUUUAUUUCUCACACUUUAUUACUAUUUUUGUACUGGGUUUUUAAUAUUCUUCUCCAACAUUUCCAUUUGCUGUAUGUAUUGUUUGAUACAUUUACACAUCUGUAUUUCAGAUGUCUAUUGGAAACUCCGAACCAUAAGAAUUCUGUUCUCUCUGCAAAAUCUUCUUCCUGGAUUUAUUUUUAGCUACACAUUCUAUUUAAACAAUAUAUUAUUUUCCUUAUCCUUAGUGAAUGUAGGCAGCUAGCCUGAGAAAAACUUUUAUCAAAAAAGAAACAUGUUUUUACUGAAAAAGGAAAUAACUAGGAGCAGCAAGCUCCCUUAGUUCCCUUCCAGGCUACCAAGAGGCAAAAAGUCACAUAAUACAGGCUUCUUGUGCUGCACUGAGCACUUGACUGGUAAACAGUUUCCCAGCAUAGGUAUGUCAUAAAACCUGUGUUUUACUUUGGUACCAAACACAUGGCUGUAGAUCUCAUUUAAUAAUCUUCAGCAUUCAAAACUAGAUAGAUAUUUUUUAGAGAUUCUUGAAGAAUCUAGACUUUCCAGCACAUGGCUAUCCUUCUCAAUUUUAUUGACUUCAUCUAGCUCUCACAGGAACUGUAUCUAUGCUGACUGAGCUGAAACUGAUGACAUACUGGGUGUAAAACAAAUAGAGGAUUUUGUCAAAACAGAAGGCAAGGACCCUUUGUGCAAAAGGUGCAGGAAAAAAAGAGGAAGAGCUGAAAGAAUAGUGAUACAGAAACAUUUUACAGUUAUUUUGUCUGUAACUUUGAGUAUCAGAAUUUGAGACGUGUUAAUGCCCAAUGCUUUUAUUCAGAUAUAUUAGUAUUUUUACAGAGUAUCUUAAGUCAUCUGUUUUCAUAGAGUCACACAGACAAGUUAGGAACACAGUCCAGAACCAUCAUCUCCUCUUCUAAAGAUAAACAUAUAUUUUUGUGAUCUAUAUGUUCUAUAUGCUGUCAGCCCAAGCUACCAUUUAUCCUGUGAGGCAGUUGAAGAUUAAAUAAUCGGUAGCUUUAGACAAUUUUUUAAAGUACUACUUUUCAGAGGAAAGAUGAAAACUGGACACUUAAAAAGAGAGGAUAAAUUAGGAUUUCUCUAGAGUUAUUGUAAUGCAUUUACUUUUCUAAGAAUAAAGUUUUGAUCUGAUCUA